UUUGAGGUAAAUUUAGUCCAGAUUCAGCAGUAAUAUUUAGUGUGGAUUACUCAAUUCACUCCAGGAAGAAAAGCCAUUGAUCAAGGUACAGUACAAUGAUUCAUAAGGGAAAACUUCACCCAAACGAAGAAGGAAUUUUAAGAAACCAUGUGAUGAGUCGGAACUCAGCAUCAACCAUUAUUCCAAAGGAUAAACCUGGGAUUAGUCUAGAUGCAGACUUUGGAUUCUCAAUGUUCAUGUCUAUCUAUGGCUGUCCGGCUGAUCCCUCAAGUAAGCAGAAGUACAAACUGAAGAAGAAGCAGGUUGAAGUAACACCAGCGACAGAGCUGCCUAAAAUUUGUUUGCAGAGUAUAACCAAAAAAUUUAAACUGCAAUGGUCAAAAGUGCAACAGAAAAUCUCACUUGACCAGAAGAGAGAAGAGCUCAAGACAAAAAAGGUGAGGGGAGAGAAAUCUGAAGAAGUCAAGAAAAGAUACCAGAAGCUUCAGAAGUAUUUGGACAGAAAAUAACCAACUUCUCAGAGAGAAUAUUAAGAGAAAACCCUUGACUAAGAUGCCAAUUGAAAAUAAUAUUAGUGUUAGGGAAGAACCUGAACCUGAUCAGCCUAGUUUGCCAGUGGUGAAGCAGUUUCUUAAGAGAAAAUUACCGAAAUCUGAUAAUUUGAUUCGGAAAAAGAAGGGGUAUUACCAAAGCAGAGCUUAUAUGAAGUGGCUUUAUGAGAAAAAGGUUGAAGAAGAUAAGCAAACUUUGGAUGAGAUAGAGAAAAGAAUUCGAAAAUCAUCACAGAACUCUUAUUCUCAGAAUAUUAGGAGGAAAAAUAAAAAUGCAAAUCAAAUUGAUGAUUUUUACAGUCCUUUAUCUUCUGCUAAGAUUGGAAAAGCUUGAAAAGCAACUUCUACAUCUCCAAGACUACCGACAGUCACUGGCUCAUCCACAAAUUUCCAACCAUAUUCUAAUUCAUAAACACUCCUAGGCCCAAAUUCCAAUCCCUACCUCAUAAAAAAUGUCUAAAAGCCUCUCAGUUCACUCCAA